AUGCAGAGUACAACUAAUUACCUUUGGCACACUGAUGACCUGCUAAGGCAGGGGGCCACUGCCGGUGUGUACAAGGCCUGAAACAAGAAAUCAGGGGAAGUGGUUGCUGUAAAGGUCUUCAAUUCAGCCAGCUACUGGUAGCCCCCUGAGGUGCAAGGGAGGGAGUUUGAGGUCCUGGGGAAACUGAAUCAUCAGAACAUCGUCAAGCUGUUCGCUGUGGAGGAAACGGGAAGCAGCCAGCAGAAGGUGCUGGUGAUGGAUUAUUGCUCCAGUGGGAGCCUGCUGAGUGUGCUGGAAGACCCUGAGAACACCUUUGGGCUUCCUGAGGAGGAGUUCCUGGUGGUACUGUGCUGUGUUGUGGCUGGCAUGAACCACCUGCGGGAGAACGGCAUUGUCCAUGUGAAUAUCAUGCGCCUGGUGGGGAAGGAGGGGUAGAGCAUUUAUAAGCUGUCUGACUUCGGGGCUGCCCAGAAGCUGGAUCAUGAUGAGAAGUUUGUUUCUGUCUAUGGUACAGAAGAGUACCUGCACCCUGACAUGUAUGAGCGGGCAGUGCUUUGCAAACCCCAGCAAAAGGCGUUCGGGAUGACUGUGAAUCUCUAGAGUAUUGUGGUGACCCUGUACCAUGCAGCCACUGGUAGUCUGCCCUACAUCCCCUUUGGUGGGCCCUGGCACAACAAGGAGAUCAUGUAUAGAAUCACCACUGAGAAGCCAGCCGGGGCCAUUUCAGGGACUCAGAGGCAGGAAGAUGGGCCCCUGGAGUGGAACUAUAGCUCCGUCACCUGCAGACUGUCCAUGGAAGGGCUGCAGAGCCAGCUGGUGCCCAUCCUAGCCAACAUCCUGGAGAUAGAACAGGCUAAUUGCUGGGGCUUCAAUCAGUUCUUUGCAGAGACCAGUGACAUCCUGCCGCAAACCAUCAUCCAUGUCUUCUCCCUGCCCCAGGUGGUCUUGCAUCAUGUCUACAUCCAUGCCCAAAACACGAUUUCCAUAUUUUUGGAGGCUGUAUAUGAGCAGACCAACGUGGCCCCCAAACAACAGGAGUACCUCUUUGAGGGUCACCCCUGUGUCCUUGAGCCAAGCCUCUCAGCACAGCACAUGGCCCACACAACUGCCAGCAGCCCUCUGACUCUGUUCAGCAUGGCCAGUGAUACACCCAAGGGGCUGGCCUUCAGAGACCCUGCUCUGGACAUCCCAAAGUUCGUCCCCAAGGUCGACCUACAGAUAGAUUACAGCACAGCUAAGAGGGUGCUGGGAGCUGGCUACCAGGCCCUGUGGCUGGCAUGGGUCCUGCUGAAUGGGCAGGCAUUGAUGCUUCAAGGGUUAUGCUGGGUCCUGGAGGUGCUUCAGAACAUGUGCCAGCAGACACUAGAGGUCACACGGACAGCCCUUCUCUUCCUCAGCAGCAGCCGGGGCUCUGAAAGGUUCAACAGUGGUACUAGGAAACCUCACUUCCAGGAACUAAAGGAGGCCACAGAGCUGAGGUCCAAGCUGCAGGCUUGCUCAGAGGUCCUCUCUAGAUGUUCCCACAAUGUUAUAGAAAUCCAAAUGAGCCUGAACUGCCGAGAGCUUUUAAAGGACCAGGAUCAAAUUGAUGAAGACCACAGAAGUAUCCAGAAGAUCCAGUGUUGUUUGGACAAGAUGUGCUUCAUCUACAAACAGUUCAAGAAAUCUAGGAUGAGGCCAGGCCUCAGCUACAAUGAGAAGCAGAUCCACAAGCUGGAGAAGGUGAAUUUUAGUCAUUAAGCCAAGAGGCUCCUUCAGGUGUUCCAGGAGGAGUGCGUGCAGAAGUAUCGGGUGUUGCUGGUCACACACGGCAAGUAGAUGAGGCAGGUUCAGAAGGCCCAGAACCACCUGCACCUCAUUGGCUGCUCUGUGGCUGCCUAUAACUCAGAGGCCUGGGAAGCUCAGGAGAGCCUGUGUAAGAUCUUUGAUCAGCUCCUUCUGGACAGAGCUUCUGGACAGGGGGCUCAGGUCUCGCCACAAUCCAUGGCUCCACAUCCCAGACCUGAUCCAAAGGACUUGGUCUUUCAUGUGCAGGAGCUUUGUACUGAUAUGAAGCUGUUGGCCUUUGAUCUCCAGGACAACAACUGCCUCAUCGAACGGCUACAUAGAGUCCCAUCAGCACCAGAUGUCUGA